UAAGAAAUUAGUAUUGUUGUGCUCUGGGAACCUGGACCAAACGUUUCAAAAAGAUCACCGCGUCAUCCAUCUCUACAAGCCUAAUGUCAGUGAUAUAAAAUCGCUAAAAUGGCAGUGGUUCAGACGCUUUCUUUGGUUGCGAAAAAGAAAAUCACUAUAUGCUCUGUUAGACGACAAAAAAUCCCCCAAAUGAACGUCGACAUUCUACUCUAAAACAUUUAAGCUAGCGAAACAAUGUAGCGAAACGUUAAUUCAACAUUGAACAUUCUAAAAUGUAACAGUUGGGGUUUAGAAAAGAACGUCAAUGUGCUCCGGUGAAACAUUCGAAAUAAUAGUGAAUGUAAAACGUUACACUGAACAUAUAAUGUAACAGUUCGGAGAACAAAUCCUCACACGGAAGUUGUAACUCAAACACAGCUAACAGAACACGUUGGCUCUUUCAGGGGGGAACGGAGAAUUGAGGGGGAGUAUGAAGUUUAGGGAAGAGCCCUCUUUCCUUCAAGUCAGCUGCUGACGCGGAUGGGACUGUUUGUGCAACGACGCAGCGGACCAUCGAAAUCUAGCCAUGUUAUCUGGGAUUAUAACUGUUUGGACCAUUCUUGCGGUAGCACAAUGUUACUUUUCAGAGGAAAAUUAUACCGAAGAGUCAAAGAUGCAGCCGCCCACGGUCGUUAUAGUUAUAAUCGCACGGAACGCUGCUCAUUCUUUACCAUAUUACCUCGGAGCUCUCGAGAGAUUAAACUAUCCCAAAGAGCGCAUCUCUAUCUGGGCAGCAACAGACCACAACAUUGACAACACAACAGCAAUCCUGCGAGAAUGGCUCACCGUCAUGCAAACACAGUAUCAUUAUGUGGAGUGGAGACCUUUAGAUAAACCCACGUCUUACGCGGGUGAGCUGGGGCCCAAGCACUGGACUAACGGCCGCUAUGAGUAUGUUAUGAAGCUCAAACAGGCAGCGCUGAACUUUGCCAAGAAACGCUGGGCUGACUACAUUCUGUAUUCAGACACAGACAACAUCCUGACCAACCCGGACACCCUGCACCUCCUGAUGGCGGAAAAUAAGUCUGUUAUUGCCCCCAUGCUGGACUCACAGUCAGCAUACUCCAACUACUGGUGUGGCAUCACUCCACAGGGCUAUUAUCGUCGUACCGCUGAGUACUUCCCCACAAAGCAACGUCAAAGGCUGGGCUGCUACCCUGUCCCAAUGGUCCACUCAACUAUCCUGCUGGACCUGCGCAAACAGGGCACCAAGAAAGUGUCCUUUCACCCUCCUCACAAAGACUACUCCUGGCCCUUUGACGACAUCAUCGUUUUUGCUUUCUCCUGCAGAAUAUCGGAGGUUCAGAUGUAUCUGUGCAACAAGGACCGUUAUGGGUAUCUGAACGUACCUGCAAAGCCUCAUCAGACUGUGGAGGAUGAUCGAAUCAAUUUUGUCCACCUUUACCUGGAAUCUUUGAUCCAUGGGCCGCCAAUGUAUGUCUCUCGCAAUGUCUACGUUCCUCCCAAACAGUCAGAUCUCAUGGGUUUUGAUGAGAUCUACUUGAUAAACCUGCGCAGACGUCCAGAUCGCAGGGACAGGAUGUUAUGGUCGUUGUAUGAGCUAGAGAUUGAUGCUAAAGUUGUGGAUGCCAUAGAUGGAGCAGCUUUGAACAGCAGCGACAUUAAGAUUCUAGGUGUCGAUCUCUUACCUGGUUACUAUGACCCUUUCUCUGGUCGCACGCUGACCAAAGGAGAAGUGGGCUGCUUCCUGAGCCACUACUACAUCUGGAAAGAGAUAGUAGACAUGCAGCUAGACAAGGCGCUGAUCUUUGAGGAUGACGUGCGUUUCCAAGCCAACUUUAAACGUCGUAUGGUGCGGCUGAUGGAGGAGGUGGAGCAGGUGGAGCUGGACUGGGACAUGAUAUACCUGGGCAGGAAGAAGGUGAACCCUGGAGAGGAAGUUGCAGUGGAGAAUGUGAGGAAUCUGGUGUACGCUGAUUACUCCUACUGGACGCUGUCUUACGCCAUCUCUCUCCAGGGAGCUCAGAAGCUUCUUAAUGCUGAACCAAUAUCCAAAAUGCUUCCUGUGGAUGAGUUUCUACCCAUCAUGUAUGACAAGCACCCAAAUGAGGACUACAAAUCCCAUUUUCCCAAUCGGAAUCUGAUGGCGUAUUCCACACACCCUCUUCUGGUGCAGCCCUGCCAUUACGCCGGGGACCCGGAGUGGGUGAGCGACACUGAGACGUCUACGCUGUGGGAUGACGACAAUGUGCGCACGGACUGGAGGGGGUCACAUAAAACUCUGAAGGGUUCUCAGCCACCGGCCGGUCUGCAGAGCGCCACCUACAAGGACGAGUUGUGAAGUACCUGUACAGUCCCAAAGUGGGCAAUGGGCAUUUUUUUAAGAGUGGAGGGGUUAGAACGAGUGUACAGCUCUUUAUAAGACAAAUGACAUUCAUCAUGGAGACCUCAAACCUGUGGAAGAGACGAGUGAGACCUGGGACCAGUCACUCAGUCACUCCACAACAACAAAAAUCUUUUUUUUUCCUUCUUCUUUUUUUUAUCAGUAUUUUAAAUCAGUACUUUUUACUGUUUUCAGAUUAUACAUCUUGAAUGAAAUUUAUUUUACAACUUUAUUGGCAUUUUUUCUUGUUUUAAGCAUAAAUCUAACAAAAACGUAUUGAGGUUUAUGGCAAAACAAAAGCAACACACAAAUAAGCAAACAAAUGAGAUUUCCCAAUGAGAAAGAUAAAAUUUGAAAAUAGAAAAUAUAGUUUUAAUGGAAAACAAGAACCUGUAAAGGCAAUAGGGUACGAUGACUCUUAUUUAACCACAAUUCAAGAGGGAAAAAAGUUAUGUAUUUAAGUAGAGGGUUUUUGCCCAUUUUUGGCACAAAUUAAACUACUUUUCCAUUGUUUUUAGGUUAUUUUUCUCUAUUAACUAUAUAAAAAGGACAUAUGGAAGUGGUGCAUUUGAAAUUUUAUUCAUGGAAUUUAUUCAAAGUUUAAAAACUGUUGUGGGACUAUCAUGCUCAGACAAUCAAACAAACAGAACUUAGAGUAUUUUUGAAAUGGUGUGUGUGGUGAAUUUCUUUUUAUUUUGGUGUAUUUUUGCUGUUCAUGCUGAAUUUUUCUGAUCCCAUCAUAAUAAUUUGUUCUUAUUUAUUUCUCUUCCCUGUCUUAUUCCCUUCUCUAACUCCCCGAAGUGAACAGCAGGACCAAAUGAAAUGACAUGACAUUAGUGUGCAUGGCAGUUCUGUUAAAUUUUGUUUUUUAAAUAAAAAAUGUUUUUAAAAAAUGACCAAA